UAUAUAUUAAGAGACUCCUGAAGACAGAGCUCUUCAAAGAGCACUUACUCUCCUAACACCUCUAACACACUAACUACUUCUAACCUCAUUUCCUUCUUCCCCUCCUUCACUUCUCUAUCCCUUUAUAUCCUUUUACUUCGACCUCCUUUAAGCCCUAUCUAAAAAAGGUUUAUCUUAAUUCCUAUUACUUUUGUACUUGACUAUUUUAAGUCGCUUUGGACAAAAGUGUAAGUCCACUGUCUCUUUUCAGUUUUCAUUUAGAUUAUGAUUUCUUACAAGGCCUAUAGGACUAAUGUGACCUACUUAAUUCUUAGGAAAAUUGUAUAUAAAAUAUUAGCAAAUAUCCCAUGAUUAACUACAUGUGUUGCAGACCUUUUGUAAAAUGUAAAAAGUCAACGAAUGUUUGCGUAGAAUGAUCUGCGUAAAUAUAUUUAGAAAUAAAAUGUGUGUGAUUUACAGAACUAGAAGUGAAAUUUUCCUUUACCAGACAGUGUACAAACCACACAACAAACCAGAGUUUCAGAACAAUAGUGUAAUUCAACUCAGCAGAAAUGUGUGGUUAGCAUGAGUUAUAAUUCCAUGAACGUCUCUUACUUCUUACAACACGUAAACAUACCAGCACCAGCAGAUGACAUGUCUCUCCAAACCAUCACUGAUUGUGGAAACUACACAUUAGACCUCAAGCAGCUUGGACUGUGUGUCUCUCCACUCUUCUUCCAGACUCUGCUCCCUUGAUUUACAAAUGAAAUGUAAAAUUUACUGAUGAUCAGUGAUGGUUUUGGAGAGACAUGUCAUCUGCUGGUGUUGAUCCACUGUGUUUUUUAUCAAGUCUAAAAUCAGUACAGCAGUGUUUUCCCCAAAAAUCUUACAGCACUUCAUGCUUCCCUAAGCUAAAAACUUUUAUGGAGAUGCAGAUUUAAUUUUCCAGCAGGACUUCCAAAAGUACCAAUUGGUCUUACAUAAUAUUCAAAUUUUCUAAGAUGCUGAUUUUUGGGUUUUUAUUGGCUGUAAGCCAUAAUCAUCAACAAUAACAGAAAUAAAUACUUAAAAUAGAUCACUCUGUGUGUUUAAUACAUCUAUACAAUAUGAGUUUCACAAUUUGAGCAGAAUUACUGAAGUAAAGUAAUUUUCUGGUAUAAAACUGCAUAAAAUAAAAUAAAGUUAUGAUAAAAAGAAAAAAAAAUCAUGUGAUCUUCACCCAGUGAUGUCAAUCUCAUUACUCUCAUCAUUUUGUAUAAAAUGUUAAGAAUACAGUAUCAGUAUAUAAGUCGUUGGUCAGAUCUGUUAUUGUAAUGCUCUGGUGUAAUCUAAUUUAUAGAGUUUAGCACAUGAAAUUGUGGCAUAAAGUUUUUACUAGCUUAAAUUAUUUAAACACUUAAUAACUCAAUCAUUCCAUACUUCCAAAUAAGUAUCUCAACUGUUAUAUAAUGGGAAUCAUGUGUGUUUAAAACAAAACCCACAGUGUACAAAUAGAAUGUGCUACUUUGCAUAAAAGGAAGUGGGAAAUUUCAAGGUUUAAAGUUCUAAACCAGGUAAGACAGACCCUGUGGGAUUGUGUUGGUGUGGUUGGGCUGUAAUUAUAUGCUUGAAUGUCAGGUUUCUCAGGUAAUUCCCUGGAACUAUGCUACGGUAUUUUUUUUUCUUCUUCUUCAGAUUUUUGUCUAUGGUUAGCCCACUAUCAGCCUGCUGUCUCUCACCCCCGCACGUCUUGGCUAUUUAAGCAUUCGAGACUUCCUGCUGUACGCACAGCAAGACGGGGCUGAAGAAAUAGACGCAUACAGACACAUACAGGCACGUUCUGUCAUGGCUCGGCUUGAUGUUACAGAGAUCUUUGAUGGCAUCACCUUCCCUGGGCAUCUGCACACUCAGGACUCACUCCGCUAUGCUGUGGACUUCAAAUUUGAGGAUACAGACACCUUGAUUGUCACGUAUCCUAAAUCAGGAACGACCUGGAUGCAAGAGAUGGUGACUCUGGUGUCCUGCAGGGGGGACCCACUCAAGACUCAAACUCAGCCCAACUGGGCACGGGCCCCCUGGCUGGAGCAGUAUUACUGUCCUGAAGUCCUGAAGGCUUCACAGGGCCCUCGUGUCCUUACCACUCAUCUGCCAUACCACCUACUGUCCACUGCCCUGCAGGGCUCCAAGGCUAAGGUCAUAUAUGUGUCGAGAAACCCCAAAGACGUGGCUGUGUCUUACUACCACUUCCACAAGAUGGCCAAGUUCCUGCCUGAGCCAGGCCCUUUCUCUCACUUUCUCAGUGAUUUUGUGGAAGGAGCAGUUCAUUAUGGGUCGUGGUUUGAUCAUGUGAAAGGUUGGAGCAGUAAUGCUGGAAACAUUCAAAACUUCCUUUGCAUCACGUAUGAAGAAAUGUGGCAGGAUCUGCGUGGUUCUCUGCAGCGAGUGAGCAGCUUCCUGCAGUGCCCUCUGCUGGAGGAGGAGCUAACCAGUGCUGAGAAGGGCUGCAGCUUCAGCACCAUGAGAGAAAACUCUAUGGUGAAUUAUACUCUCGUUCCUGAGGAGAUCAUGGAUCACAGCAAGGGAACGUUCAUGAGGAAAGGUAAAAUUGGAGACUGGGUAAACACCUUCUCUGAACAGCAGAGUCUCAGAUUUGAUGACGUGUUCGCUUCCAAGAUGGCCGACUCCUCUCUGAAGUUUGUGUGGCAGAAUCCUGAAGAGACAGCGUUGCUGAAGUCGAGGAUAGACACUGAACUUCCAACUCGCCAUGCAGCUUAAAUCCUUACAGUCAUUAGCAGUGGUUGUGUUCUCUAUAUAUGGUUUGUCUAUACGUCUAUACGUUGGUUUAUGUAUUUGUUUUUAUAUUCCAAAUCAUGCUGUAGUGUUUCUGUUGGCCCUUUAUCAUUAAAUAUUGUGCCAGUGUGUUUAGAGUUAAAAGAACAAAGUUUUUACAUUUUUUUGUGUGUAAAAGUUUUUCAUUUUUCCAAAUGUGUUUAUAAUAAAGAAGUGGUGCUUAUGUAUUUUGUAAUGAUAGCCUUUUAUGUACUUUUACUGUGUCUGUUUUGUCAGCACAUGUGGUGUUAAUAUAAGCGUAUAUAAACUAUACAGGGUUGGUUUUACAUUGUAAGCUCUGAUGCACUGAAAACAAGCUAUGUAGAUAGUUUUUUCAACAUUUUAAGGAUAUGUGAAGUAUUAAAAUAUAAUUGGUAUUAUAUUUUUACAUUUGUUAUGUUUUUUCUCAUGUAAUGAAUGCAAUAAAUUCUGAACAUACAUUUAAUAAUAAAUGUGUUUUUGUUAUAUAAUGCUUUAUAUAAUGCAGUCAUUUAUUGUUACCUACAGCACUGUUUAUCGUGUUGUUGAUUGUUAUAAAGAUUGGGCUUUUAUAAAAAUACUGUGUU